AUGUCUACGGGAGUGUCUUUUGGUGUUCUUUCCACAUUCGACCACUUGUCACAGGAGUGGAACAGCUAUAAAUCGCGAUUAAAUCAAUGGUAUAUUGCGAACGACAUAACCGUUGAAACGGACAAGGCGACAGUCAAGCGGAGGGCGAUUUUGUUAACGUCAUUAAGUGAAUCAACUUUCAAGCUAGCAAGUGAUCUGGCAUUACCCCAUAAGGUAGAAGAAUUGAAUUAUGAGGCAAUUGUGAAGCUCCUAGAUGACCAUUUCACACCCAAAAGAAUUGGAUUUGCCGAAAAAUCAAACUUCUACUCUGCAUCACAGCGUCCAGGGGAAAGUCACACUCAAUGGGCGGCCAGAAUCAGAGGAUUGGCAGCACACUGUGCUUUUAAAAACUUGGAGGAGGCCUUGCUUGAUAAAUUUAUCAUGGGCAUGGCAGCGGGACACGAGCGGGACAAACUGUUCGCGCAGGAUCAGCAGCAGCUAACCCUCGCGAAAGCCAUCGACCUGGCAGAGAGCGUGCGCUGCGCACGCCAGGCCUCGGCGCUGGCAGUGCCGAGCGCAGGCGGCGCCGGCAAAGCGGGCCCGGAUGCAGUGUUCAACAUCACCAAGAAGGCAAAGUGUAGUGUGUGCGGUUUUACAAACCAUAGGGCCGAUCAGUGUCGUUUCAAAAAUUACAAAUGCAAAAAGUGUAAUACUAAAGGUCAUUUGCGUAAAAUGUGUCCUAACGGGGACAAAGUGAAAUACGUUAAUGAAGGUAACGUGGACGACGGAGACGACGGAGACGACGGUAAGUUUUUUUAUAAUAUUCGGUGUUUAAAGGGGAAACCGAUGACUGAAAAAGUAAUUAUCGGUAGUUUGGUUUUAGAGUUCGAAAUCGAUAGCGGGUCGGCCGUUAGCGUAAUGUCAGAAAAAACCUAUACAUCAAAUUUUAAGGAGUUACCGUUGUCAGUCACAAACAAGAAGUUGCUUAGCUAUACAGGAGAACACAUAGAAACAAUCGGAGUGGUAUCGUUGCCUGUAACAUACAGCGGGCGCACACGCACAUUGAAUGUGUAUGUAGUGCGCUCAGGCGGCCCGCCGCUGCUGGGCCGCGAUUUUAUUCGCGAGUUUAGUUUAGAGCUGACGCCUGCGCCGGUACACGCGCUGUACGCGCAAGCGCCGCCGCAAGGCGGGAAUGAGAUCGUUGAACAGCUGACCGACAUGUUCCCUAAAGUUUUUUCAGGCAAUCUCGGUUCUUUUAACAAGUACACAAUUAACUUGCGUUUAAAACCGGACGCCAAACCAAUUUUUAUUAAAGCUAGACCGGUACCCUACGCGUUAAAGGAUAAAAUUGAUAAAGAACUCGAUCGAUUAUUAUCUCUGGGUAUUUUAAAACCUGUCGAGCACUCUGAGUAUGCUUCGCCAGUCGUGCCGGUUUUAAAAAAGGACGGAAGCAUCCGAUUAUGUGCGGAUUAUUCCAUUACAAUAAAUAAACAAUGUGGCGGCGUGCAAUUCAGUAAAAUUGACUUAUCUAUGGCAUAUAAUCAAUUCAAUCAAUUUAUUCUAGAUUCAAGUUCGCAGGGCUUAACGUGCAUCAAUACCCACCGUGGCCUAUUUAAUUUCACUCGUUUGGUGUUCGGUUUAACAAGCGCACCUGCUAUCUUUCAGCGCGCGAUGGAGUGUUUACUUUCUGGCAUAGACGGUAUUAUCUUCCUAUUAGACGAUAUUUUAAUUACUGGAGUCAAUACUAUUCAGCACAGAGAAAGGUUAAUAGCAGUGUUACAACGGCUAAAUGAUGCCGAGUUAACAGUACAAUUAAAUAAAUGCGAAUUUUCCAAAGAUGAGAUUGCAUACCUAGGGCACACCAUAGAUAAAAACGGAGUUAGGAAAUCGCCCGAUAAAGUGAAGGCUAUUUUACAAGCACCUAAACCGACAAAUGUGUCGCAGUUGCAGUCUUUCCUAGGGCUUACUAAUUACUAUCGUAACUUUGUCCCGGACGCGUCAUCUAUACUAAGUCCACUGUAUAUGUUAUUAAAUAAAAAUGCCAAAUGGGAGUGGACCAGUAUACAUGACGAUGCGUUUGAGCGUAUAAAAAAAAUUUUAGCGUCCGAUAAUACUUUGGCUCACUUUGAUCCAAACGCUAAGAUAAUACUAUCAGUGGAUGCUUCGCCGACCGGGCUGGGGGCUGUGCUCUCUCAAGUAGGCAAUGAUGGUUUAGAAAGACCAAUAUCUUACGGCUCUCGUACGUUGUCGUCGGCGGAAAAAAAUUACGCACAAAUACAAAAAGAAGCGACGGCUAUUAUCUUUGGCGUACGACGUUUCCACCAGUACCUGUACGGUAGGUCAGAGCCUUUUAUAUUACGAACAGACCACAAGCCCCUGUUGGCCAUAUUUGGACCCCAUAAGAGCAUUCCAGAGAUAUCAGCUAACCGCCUACAAAGGUACGCUAUAUUUUUGGCUGCGUUUAACUAUGCUAUAGAGUUUAUAGGUAGUAAGCAAAACACGGCGGACUAUCUAUCGCGGGCGUGCGCGGAGACCGAGCCGGCGGCGCCGGACGAGCUGGCGGAGUGCGGAGACCGCGCUACUUAUGUCAACUUCGUGGUUGAUGGCGACUUACCGGUGACGCUAAACGAGAUGCGCCGCGAAACAGCUAAUGACGUCACCAUGUCGACCGUUAUGCAAUACGUUUUAAAAGGUUGGCCUAGAAAAAUAGUUGACUCGGAGUUAAAACCUUUUUUCAAUUGUCGGUCUCAGCUGUCUUUCGAAAAUGGUAUUUUAAUGCGUGGACAUAAAGUUGUCAUACCCCCGUCGUUACAAGAGAGCGUAUGUAGGGAACUACACAGUUCGCAUUUCGGUGUGGUAAAAAUGAAGGCGGAGGCGCGCAGGCGGCUGUGGUUCCCGGGCGUGGACGCGGCGCUGGAGCGGCUGGCGCGCGCCUGCGCCGUGUGCUGCGCGCUGCGCCCCGCGCCGCCGCACGCGCCGCUCGCGCCGUGGCCCGUGCCGCCGCAGCCGUUUUACCGUAUACAUGUAGACCUCCUGGGUCCGUUUCACGGGUACGUCUUUUUAGUUAUCGUUGACGCUUUUAGCAAAUGGGUAGAAUGUUAUGACGUAUCCUCGACGUACAAUUCAAAUACUAUAAUUAAUAAAUUGUACGACAUGAUGUCGCGGUUUGGAAUCCCACAUACAUUGGUGAGUGACAACGGUACCUCUUUUACCUCUGCGGAAUUCAAACAAUUUUGUGUACUAAACGGAAUUAAACACGCAUUAUCCCCUGUUUAUCACCCAGCAAGCAACGGGCAAGCCGAGUCGUAUGUUAAAAUAGUAAAAAAGGGGAUUAAGAGUUUGAUUUUAGAAGGUUGCAAUAAAAAAAAUAUUCAAAAUAAAAUAGCUAAACUUUUAUUUGACUACAGGAACUCUAAAAACAGUACUACUGAUAAAACACCCGCGGAGUUAGUUUACGGACGCACUUUGCGAUCUCGCUUAGAUUUAAUUGACCCGUCUGCGCCGUCUCCAUCGUCCACAGACCUCACUGACACAAUCGUGCGUAAUCAGUCCUUACAGGCUAAAUAUUAUAAAGGUACUAACAGAGUAGACUUUAAAGAAAAUGAUAAAGUGUGGAUAACUAAGAACAUUAACGUUAAAAACUUUUCCUGGGUUGAAGGUGUUAUAUUAAAGAAAACAGGCAAUGUAACAUAUUUGAUAUAUGUACCAAAGUUGAAUGCAAACGUCACAAGACACAUUGAUCAAAUAAGAAGACGUUGGAGCCAGUCGCCAGACAACCACCAUGACUGGGACCCCGACGUGGUGCCCGACGUGCCGCGGGGGGAGGAUGGCGCGCCGGCGAGCGGCCCGGGCCCGAGCGCGGCCUCGCCCGCCACCCCCACGGACCACGACCAGGUGGUGACUCGCAGGCGACAGGCAAUAAGUCCAAUAUUCUCCACACCAACGUCGGACCAGGAUAGUGUUUGCGAUGACUGACUGUUGUCAUGAUUUAGGUUGUAAUGUAUAUUUAUUAUUAGGUAUUAUUACUAUGUACUUCUUCUGUAAUUCCUUAGCUUAAGGGGAAGGGAUGUUAGAUAUAAGCAUCUAUAGGCGCGGGCUGCGACCCGCCCGCGGCCAUCUUUCGAAUAAAACAGUGUGC